GCGGAACACGACACAACUCUGCAGCGCUCGCGCUCGCACACGCACACACAAACACCAUGGACCGGUUAAUCCGCCUCCUGCAGGCCCUCCUCCUCCUCGCACCCCUCGCCGCAGCCCUCAAAUUCGACCUUCAUGCGGUAAACAGCCACGAAUCGGCUAAGCACGAGCGCUGCAUCCGGAACUUUGUCGCAAAAGAACAGCUUGUGGUUGUGACGGCGAUUCUGGACGGGCACCGCGGCGAUGGACAGACCGUAAAUAUGCAUAUUCGCGAUGCGAUGGGCAACGAUUACCACAAGCCCAAGGACGUCUACGGAGAGAACAGAUACGCUUUCACAUCGCACGCUGACUCUGCGUUUGACGUGUGCUUUGAGAGCAUCAUUACCGGCCCACCCCAGGGCAACCUCAACCCCACCCGCCAUGUCGAGCUUGACAUUGACAUCGGCGCCGACGCGAAGGACUGGUCCGCCAUCCAAGCCGGCGAGAAGCUCAAGCCCGUCGAAGCGGAGCUCCGUCGCAUUGAGGAGGUGGUUGGCGAGAUCGUCGCGGAGAUGGACUACCUGCGCUCGCGGGAACAGAAGCUGCGGGAUACCAACGAGAGCACCAACGACCGCGUGAAGUGGUUCGGAUACAUGACUAUGGCCAUGCUGGUCAGUUUGGGCGCGUGGCAGGUUGUGUACCUGAGGAGCUAUUUCAGGAGCAAGCAUCUUAUUUGAGUGGGGAGUGGUCUUGACUUCGGGAGAGGGAAGGAUGGGAAGAAAAUGAGGCUCGACAGGAGUGGACAAGAUGUGCGGGGAAGAUGGAUGUGUACGAACACGCUGGGCAUGGAUGGAGUACGAUGGUGUGGCCGGGCAAGGAGGCUUUUCCUGCCAUGUUUGAUUUGACGCACAGCGCGGCAUGGCGUUGGUAUGAACAAUUACAAUAUCGAUUGAUGGCGCU